AUGGCAACGACACUGGACGACACAUUCAACCCCGCCGCCCUCACGCGAUCAGACACCAUCACGUCCACAACCAGCAACGUCAAAGCGCCUCCGGGCCCUGCAGCGAAGCCAUCGAAGGCGAGUCACCCUCGCGUCGACCUCGAACCCCUCUACACUGAGCUGAAGUCAUGCAUCGGCGCGAAUUGGGAGGUCUACUUUGAUGCUGUCACGAGGACCGCUGACUGCUGUACUAUAGGAGAACUCAACACGCGAGAGUUCGGUGACCUCUGCGAUGCCUUCGUCUACGCGACUCCCCAGACCGAACACGCCCACAACUCCCUCAUCCUCGCAAUCAUAUGCAACACGGGCAAAGACCCUCCUGAGCCCGGCCUCGCAGCCUGGGUCAGCGCGACGACCGACAAAUCCAACCUCGCCUCGCCAACGAAACCCGCCGUCACCAGCGAUGCAUCAGAACAACGACUCAAGGCCGAGGUCAUGGCCCUGCCUGCGCGCGAACGACGGCGGCUGAAGGGCGUCGCAGGUGACAAGGCCGAAGACGAGGCAGCCGUCAGAAGGAACCCAUACGAGGAAUACUACCAGGCCGGACGGAUCAAAGCGCCCGAACCCAGCGCUGUGGCGGGAGCUGCGGGAGGCCUGACAAAGACGAACUGGGACCUGGAGAUCAGGAAGAGAUAUCUACAGCCGCUGUCCUCGGAGACAUUGGAAUUCCCCGAUACCAACUCGAUACAUGCCCGCAUGGUGCCCAUCUGCUACGAGGAGUCUGUGGCCCAGGGCUGUUCCGUACAGUGUGCCGAGCUGGUGAACGUGGCAGCCGAGGCGUACCUCAAGGGCGUGUUGAGCGAGGUAUUCAAUCGGACACGGUCCAACGGUCCACGCUACAACCACUCCGCCGGCGAGGGCAUCAUGACCAAAUCCUACAAGAAGAAAGUUGCCUUCGAGGAGGCCGAAGUCGAGGCAGGUAGGCUUCAGAGGACCAGGGACGACAACCUACUGCCCAUCGAAGCUCAAAUCGCCUACGCCCGACGACCUAUGGGAAUGCCGGAACUGCAACUCACGGCCCAAGUUGGCCCGCUGCCUUGGAACAGCAAUCCUCUCCUCGGCUUCAGCAUUACCAAUGCUUCGGCUGACUACGAUUACGACCAAUGGCUCAUGGAACGAGGGCCGACGAAGGGGAAAUUGACCAACGGGUACACCGCCCAACCGGUGGAUGAUUCGAUGGACGCCGACAACAGCUCGGACAACUAUGGCUGGGAAGGUGUCGGCUCGCACGACCGGACCGGCCUUCAGUCCGUGCUCGCUGAUUGCCUCGCAGCUGGUGUAUAG